GCAGUGGUUUGUUUCAACGAAGCAAUUACAAGCUAGCACAGAUAUAGUUUUUGGAGAGACGUGUAAGCAUAUCCACAAGAUACAUAGCCUCUUGAACACGCACACGGGGAGGAUCUGAGAACAGAGAGAAUGGCAAGCCAGAGUGCAGCCUCCAUGUUGGCUACGGCUGCAUUGCUUCUCGGCGUCUUUGCCAACAUCGCUCCAACCGUGGUGGAGUCCAUCGGGGUGUCCUACGGCAUGAGCGGCGACAACCUGCCGCCGGCGAGCAGCGUGAUCGGCAUGUACAAGGACAACGGCAUCUCGCUGAUGCGGAUCUACGCGCCGGACCAGGCGGCGCUCCGGGCCGUGGGCGGCACGGGCAUCCGCGUGGUGGUCGGCGCGCCCAACGACGUGCUGUCCAGCCUCGCCGCCAGCCCGGCCGCGGCCGCGUCGUGGGUCCGCAACAACAUCCAGGCGUACCCCAAGGUCUCCUUCCGCUGCGUCUGCGUGGGCAACGAGGUGGCCGGUGGCGCGGCGCAGAACCUGGUCCCGGCCAUGGAGAACGUCCGCGCCGCGCUGGCCGCCGCCGGGCUGGACGGCAUCAAGGUCACCACGUCCGUGUCGCAGGCAAUCCUCGGCGGGUACAAGCCGCCGUCCGCCGCCGAGUUCACCGACGAGGCGCAGGGGUUCAUGGGCCCCGUCCUCGACUUCCUGGCGCGCACCGGCGCGCCUCUCAUGGCCAGCGUCUACCCUUACUUCACCUACGCCACCAACCCGUCGGCCAUGGACGUCAGCUACGCGCUCUUCACCGCUCCGGGCACCGUCCUCAAGGACGGCGACUACGAGUACCAGAACCUCUUCGACGCCACCGUUGACUCCUUCUACGUGGCGAUGGGAAACCACGGCGGCUCCGGCGUGACCCUUGUGGUGUCGGAGAGCGGGUGGCCGUCCGCUGGCGGCGUCGCGGCGUCGCCGGAGAACGCGGCCAUCUACAACCAGAACCUCAUCAACCACGUCGGCCGGGGAACGCCGCGCCACCCGGGCGCCAUCGAGACGAUCCUCUUCUCCAUGUUCAACGAGAACCUCAAGGAGAACGGCGUGGAGCAGAACUGGGGGCUCUUCUACCCCAACAUGCAGCGCGUCUACCCCAUCAGCUUCAACUGACGAAGCUAGCUCGAUGGAUCGACAUCCACACGUACACUCUACCCACCGUAUCGUAUAUCCGUACGUACGUCAAUAAGUAUGUAUCCGUAUGCGUCCCAGCAGGUGAUUAUGUAUUGUAUGUACACCUACAAAGGGAUUGCUAGCUUUCGCGACCACUGGGAGUGUCGAAUGCUACUCUCAGAUGAGUAUGCCAUGCAUGAGGCCGGAUUCUUUGCGUCGAGAGACCACGCAUGGUCAUCAGCGACGUGUGAAGUGUGAUCAAUCAUUUUAUUUGGUUUGUUUAUUUGUGUUUUCAUUGAAAUUGAACUUCGAAUUCAGAAAAAAAAAGGACUGCUCUCUUUUGGAGGGCUCGAGGGAUUUGUGUCAUUUA